CACCUGUCUCGUAGUCGUUUCUUCCCCGCUCGCUCUCAAUUCAUUUUCAUCUUUCCUUCUCUCAAUUUCUCUAUUUGACACACGAGAGUGUUAAAACCCUAGCUCACUUCCAAUUCAACUCACUCAGAAUGCCGGUCAAGCGGAGCCGUGUCGGGAGUUCAACCAGCAAUCUGGAGACACCUCUUACAACCGCCGCCUCUACUGUCAGUCCGGCGAAGGUUAUGAGGACUGACGCAACCGCUGAGCCGUCACGCCCCAAGAUUCUGGCCGUUUCUUCAUCGGUGGAUAUUGGUCAACCCAAUCAGCUGGAAAUUGGUGGAUUUCUCGAGCGGUUUCACUACUGUAAGAAGCGGAUUGCUCAGAAUUCUGAAGUUUUCAUGUAUAGCAACCUCUGUGCAUUCUGUUCUGCUGAAUGCCGUGAUUUUCAAAUUUCACUGGACCAGUCGGCAGAGCAACGGCCAGAAAAACACAAAGAUAAGUUGGUUCAGGGGCAGGGUUUUUACAAUGUGAAGGGUCAUUCAGGUGUUUAAAUUUGAGAGGAAUGCGAAUCUACAGUCACAUAGUUAGCUAUUCAAACACUAACUGUAGACGUGCAAUGCUGCCGGUUUUUUGGGGAUCAGCUCGUGCUUCUACAUAGAAUAGGCAUAGUAUAGUUCAUAUUUUGCAGUACUAGAUACCUAUAUAGUGGCUUCUCUAUGAUAGUGUGUUUUUAAAGCAUUAAACUGUUUCCAGCUCUUCUGCUUCAGCUGCUAAUCUGGAGUUGGAUAGACUGCUAUUGAUAUCAUAUUAAGAAAUCCCGUCUCUGUUAAUGCAAACCUAAUGCAAAUAAUGUUGUUGCUUUACAUUCAA